AUGCACGAUCUCUACAGCAAGAAAAUCUAUGCUGUUGCGCCAAGUAAACCGAAGCAGAGCAGUAACAAAUGGAUUCCACCUCCUGCUGGGAUUAUUAAACUCAACUCGAAUGCAUCUUUGUGCGAUGAGGGCUGGGUUGGCUUGGGUGUGGUAGCUCGGGAUCACGAUGGGAAGGUCUUAUUUGCUGCAGCUCGUAGGAUAAGAGCAUGGUGGCCUCCGGAAAUUGCAGAAGGGAAAACACUCCUAUUAGCAGUGAGACUUGCUAGACGCUAUGGCUGCGACAAUGUCAUUUUAGAAUCGGAUAGCCAAGUUCUUAUCAAUCGCCUCUCGAAAGCCUCAGUUUAUUUAUCUGAUUUUGAUGUAGUUUUAGAGGAUAUCUUGUUGUUUAGUAGUGCUUUUUUGUCUUUCACUUGGUCUCAUGUCAAAAAAGAUGGCAACAUUGUAGCCCAUCACCUUGCUAGGCUAAUGCCAUUUGGGACUGAACAGGUUUGGGUGAAUCAUUGCCUUGAAAUGAUCUCCCUGUAUGUACUCUCGGACACUUUGUCCUCUGAUUAA